GUUGGAUCCCAAAGCAAAGAAAUUUAGAGUUUCGCUUCGCUACGCCUGGUUCUGCCAAGUCUCCCCAAAAUAGUGAGCAAAGAAAAUAAAAUAAUUUUCCUCACAAGUAAAAAUAAUAUGCAAGCGAAAAAUUGGUUGCAUACGUCGAGUACUGCUAUUGGAUUCAAAUAUUAAGUAUAGAAAAUAAAACUGUUUCCUGAUACCUAAUUAUCAAAAAAAAAGUAUUUUAUUAUUGUGUAAUAAAUUUAUGUUCAGUGCACCCGAACUAUCUUUCUCAUUUUGCUCCAAUAGCUUCGCUCAUGUCAAUUAACUUGCAAUAAAAAUAGAUAGUUGCUUCCAAAAAGUUCCUUCGUUCAUCAGACUGGCUCAUACGACAUUCGCCAAACAACGUGACAACGCUGUCAAAAAAACGUUUUCUGAGUCCUAAAAGUUCAGGUUAAGACUAAAAUGAUUACAAGCUACAUCGUUUAAAAAAGUGUUUCGUCAAUCGAAUUAUUAUCGCCGUGUGUUCAAUGUGGCAAGGUUAUUUUAUUUCUAUGAUGAUAAAAAACUAAAAAAGUGCCGCGCCACUUGUACAGGAUGACCGGUAGUGCGAUGUUUAAUGCUAUAUAUGUUUUGGUGCAUUGUUUAUACGAUAUAUUGGAGUAUAUUUACUGCAAUUUAAAGGAAAUUGGAGAUGCGAUUAAUAAUAAAUUUAGUCACGAGAUUAGGAUUGCACCUGAUCAAUUGAGAAAAAUUCCGAAACAUCUUACGGUGAUAUUGGGAAAGGAAGAACCCUCAUACAAAGAUUUAGCCAAUAUUAUUUUGUGGUGUCUGGUACAUAGGAUAGCAUUUGUUAGUUUUUAUGAUUGGAAAGGUGUUUUAAAUAAAAAUGAAGACAAAUUUUCAAGCGAAGUCGAAAAGAUUAAACCUGAAGGAAGUCACAUCAUAUGGCACACCAAUUCUAGUUCGUCGUUAAAAAACGGAUUUACAGGAAAUAAAAUUCAUGUCAAAAUCCUGACUGAGGAAGACGGAAAGUUGGGGCUAGUAAAUUUCACCAAAAACCUAGUAACCAAAAACAGGGAAGACUUGUCAACGGAAAGUCUGAUUUGCAGCAUACAUAAAUACUUUGCAUUUCCAGAACCAGAAGUAGCGUUAUAUUGUGACCAAACAAUACUUCUUAGAAAUUAUCCCCCUUGGCAAACCAGAAUAACUGAAUUCUUUUCUGUUAAAACCCAUCACAAUAUUUCUUAUAAAACAUUUUUUGAGACACUAAGUUUGUAUAAUAAAACGGAACAGAGGUGUGGCAAAUAGUGGGUAAUUUGUUAUUUGUUAUAUUAAAUUAAAAAUAAUGUGAUACCUAUACAUUCUGAAAUGUGUACUUUUUUAAAUAAAAUAUGUCCAAUACGCUCAU